AAACAUUGAGCCCGCUUCCGCGACGUCACUCUCGACCGAGAUCGGCGCACGCGCGGCCGCGUUCCCGCGCUUUUUUGACGUUUUACUUUUUUUCAACAAAAAGUUUGCGAGUAUUUGAGUUUUUAAUUAUUGUGCAUCUGUGUUGCAAGUAGCCAGUAUAACAUUGAGAGCAGCGCACUUUCAAGAUGCGCCAUUUUAUAUUGGUGCUAUGCCUGACGGUGGGGUUAAGCAGCGCGCGGUGGGUGCGCCGAGCCCGCUCCCAGCAGCCAAAGGACACCAGCUUCAUUGGAGACGCCACCAAUGAACUGUCUACGGCUAUCUUCCAGGGAUACAUCGAUGAUGACAAGAAUAUUGCAUUUUCACCCUUGGGCUACUCUGCUAUACUUGCUAUAUUAGCAGAAGGAGCUACAGGCGAAACCAGAGAACAGCUAGUCUCAGCUCUUCAUUUACCAAGUGAUCCUAAUCUCACUCGGAAAACCUACCGCUUCAUCAUGGAGAGAUUAAAAAAUACUCACGAUUAUAAAUACAACCACCCAGAAUUGAAGAACUUCUUCUACAUUUACAAGAACUACACUAUUAAUGAGGAGUACAAAAAGAUUUUAGAAGAUUACUACUUAACUGAAGUCAGGUCUGUAGAGAAAUAUAAUCCUGAUCAACAUUACACAAAGCCAGAUGAGACUGACGAAAACAGCGAGUUUGUUAUCGAUAUACCAGAAAGAAGGCCUGAUGAUAACAAAAAUGAUGAUAUUCCUGAGCUCAUGCCACCUAAAGAAUCAGAUGAGAAACUAAUUUUGUUUGCUGUUGAAGAUAAGCCAGAGAAAGUAGAUGUAUCACAGGUAGAUUAUAAACCAGCCAAGAAUAUUAAAGAGAAAAUUAAAUUAGUUAAGACUUACCCCAAAAAAGAUGAAUCAGGGGAUGAAGAAGAGACCAUGGUGGCUGUUGAAGCCAGAAAUCAUGCCAGAAGUCUGAAAGUUUUGGAAGACAAAAAUGAUAUCACAUCCAGUAUUUCCGUGAAUAGCGUUGGAAAGAAAUCUAGUAAAACGCCAUCAAACUCCUUGAUGAUCAUCUUCAACGGGAUGUACUUCCGCGGUUCCUGGAAGCAGGCCUUCGACAUCGUGGAGCCAGGAGUCUUCUACAAGUCGAAUACCGAGAAGAAGCAGGUCCCUAUGAUGAAGACCAGAGGCGUCUUCAAGACUGGCUUCUUGCCUGGACUGGACAGCGAGGCCAUUAAGCUGCCUUAUGAUGGUGGUCGCUACGCCCUCCUCGUGGUGGUGCCCCGCUCCAGAGAUGGCCUGACGCGGCUGACUGCCGACCUGCCGGCCACACCUCUAACCGACAUCAAGGAUAGUCUGCAAGAAGAGGAGCUGCUGGUCUCACUGCCCAGCUUCUACGUGGAGACCACUACUAAGCCUGUUGCGGCUUUGGCUAAAUUUGGUGUUAGCAGUAUCUUCAGCCGCGACGCCGAGUUAUCUAAGGUGUCUUCGGCGGACGGACUAUUCGUUCAGGAGCUGGUACAACAUGUCGCAGUCAGAGUCGAUAAUGCCGACUCAUCUGCUUCGCAGUUGUUAGCUGGUGAAGGAGUAGAAUCUCUCAAGAAUCUGCCGCUAGGGCCGGCGAAGCCCGCGCGGCGUUUCAACGUCGAACACCCAUUCCUUUUCUACAUCGUCGACUGCUUGGACAAUCUUGUCGUUGUCGCCGGAAAGGUCACUGACCCCCAACAACCUACACCUUUCGAAAUUUGAACACAUAACUCGCGCCAAACGCCAACAAAACUCGUUUGUUUACAUUUCAAAUUCCAUUUUCGAAUACAUUACGAUGCUCAUUUUUUUCGACACGUUCAAAAACCCACCAGUCCCUUUGAUUUAGCUGUUCAACUAUUGUAAACUAUUUCGCUGUGAAAUCAAACUGUUGUUAUUUACACAAUUAACUCUAAAAAACCAGAUGCAUU